GCUGCAGCCGGUAGAAGUGCCGUGGGUGUAUUCAGCUGCUUAGGCACCUGUCCUUGGAACGACAGGUCUCUAACCAUAGUAGAGAACGUAAAUACGUCAAAAUAUAUGCAUGAAAUACUGAAAAAAAUAUUCGGGAGAUUUUAAACAUGGGAGCAAUGUAUCUGCGAAGACGUUACGAAUGUGAAGAUUUUAAAAUAAUUUUUACUUUCAAUCGGUUCUAUUUGACAGCUUAGGUGACAUUUAUGAAUUUGUGGGGAAUGUGAUCUGUGUAAAGGGGAAAUGUAAAGGAAGAUUAUAAUUUAAGGUUUUUCUACGUGGCUUUCUGUGGUUAAAUUUAUUAGUAAGAAUGGCUGGUAUUUUCGUGUAUAGCCGGGAAGCGAUACGUGUCAAAGUUAAGAAAUGUGAGGGGUUUCUGCAACCAGAAUACAGAAAAUUUAGUGUGGAUCCUCAGAUAACUUCAUUUGAGGUUCUCCAGAGUCUUUUAGCAAAAGCUUUUGACAUUAAAGGGGAUUUCACUGUGUGCUAUAGAACAUUCGAUGACUAUGGCCAAGAAACAUUUCUUCCUUUGCUCUCAGAUUGGGAUUUGGAUGCAGCCUUUCUCAGUGCAUCUGAUCCUUACCUUUGCUUGCAAGUGGAUAUGAAACCAUUUGAAGAAAGUAGUGAUGAAUGGGAAGUAGGUCCUAUUGAUGUUGUUCGUACUCAAGCACCUGAACACAAACCUCAGAAUAGGUUGCCUGGCAUCAUAAUGAAUCAAGUGGAACGAACUUUUAAUAUGGUUCAACGUGCUUUAAAUUUAGUAGAAGACCAACAAACUUCAAUCACAAAUCAACCACCUCGACCACCUCUGGCAGAUGCUGAAUUUCGUAAAUUUUUAGAUCCAAUUGGCCAAGUUGUUCAGUCUCGAGAACUUCGUACAGUCAUUUAUUUGGGGGUUGUUUGGAAACACAUCCUGAAUGUUUAUCCAGAUGGUCUUUCUGGAAAGGAAAGAAUGGACUAUAUGAAGAGAAAAGCAUUAGAAUACCAAUCUCUUAGAGACUGUUGGAGGAACAUGGUGCAAAAUGGACAGGUCACUGGGGAUUUGCAAUAUGUGACUAGCAUGGUGCGGAAAGAUGUAUUAAGAACUGAUCGUCACCACAGAUUUUAUGCUGGUAGUGAUGAUAAUCAAAAUAUUGCCUCUCUUUUUAACAUACUAACAACUUAUGCAUUAAACCAUCCCACUGUGAGCUAUUGCCAAGGAAUGAGUGAUCUUGCUUCCCCUUUGCUUGUGACUAUGGGUGAUGAGGCUCAUGCUUAUAUUUGUUUUUGUGCUCUAAUGAAAAGACUGCAGACAAAUUUUAUGCUGGAUGGAGUGACAAUGACUCUAAAGUUUCAACAUUUAGCAGAAGGUCUCAUGUAUUAUGAUCCAGAAUUUUAUGCUUACCUGAAAGGUCAUCAGGCUGAUGAUUUGCUUUUCUGCUAUCGAUGGCUGCUUCUGGAAAUGAAGAGGGAAUUUGCAUUUGAUGAUGCUCUACGCAUGUUGGAGGUUCUUUGGAGUUCUCUUCCUCAGAUGCCGCCUGACAAAGAUUUACCCUUAUUUGAACGUCAGUUUUGUUCCCAGUCACCAGGAGAUUCACCUCCUCCAAUUAGUCCCCUGCUCAAAACGCCUCGUGAAAAUGCAUACACGAAAGUUUGCGCUUUAAGACGUCAAAGUUCUGCUGCAUCAUUACAUUCCAUCUCAAAUGGUUCUAUUCGAGGAGGGCUAAGGCAAGCCCCUGGUGCUGCUUAUCGUCAGAAUCAGAGUUUAGAUGAAACAAUUAUAGGAUCAAAUGGAAGAAGAACUGGUAGAGUGAAACCUUUUGCUAGUCUUGACGACACAAGUAUCCAGUUUCAUAGCCAGAGCUCAGAAAAACCAAAAUCUCGGUCCACAUCUCCAACUGAAGCCCUCUCUGAACCUGAAAAUGAUGCCACUACUGCCAUUAACAAUGAAAUUAAUAAUAAGUCUAUUCCUUCCAAACGUGAAAUAUCCGUAAGCACAGGUAGUUUACUGUCAAAGGUUGCUGAAAAGAAAGACCGCCUGAAAGAACUGAAAGAAAAGUUUGCCUCGGAAAAGGCAAAAAGUAUGUUUGCAUCAUUUGACAAAAGUAUUUCUGAAUCAAGUAAAGUAGAAAGCCAGUUUAAUGCAGAGAAAAAGAGAGUAGUCAAAAACCUUAAUGAAUUUCUUAAUUUUGCAUCCUUCAAUAAAAAUAGGCUGCUACAUUCCUUAAGUCCAAAACAAGAAGUCUGCCAAAUGGUGAGAGAAAGUUCAGUUAUUAGUGAAGAUAGUGAUAAGACUUUAUCUGGUGAUGGAGAUUCUUGUAGAGACAGUAUUGAAGAUAUUAAUUCAGUUCCAGUAAGUGGUGACACCUUGGAUGAUCUAACUCCUCAGAAUGAACUUCAAAAAGAUGACGUUGCACUGAAAAUGGCUACAAAUACUUCAAAACAAAGGAAUAGUGAUGAAGGACCAUGUGAUUGUAGUUCACCGGAUGAUUCUGCAGAAUAUUUCCCCAUGACCACUUCCAUGACUAGAGAAUUAAGACUUGAACUAGAAAACUUAGAUCGUCAUGUUUUUGGACAGAAAUUUAACCAGCGCAGUUUUCCAUUAGAAGAUUCAGAAGAUUUAGAGUCACCAUGUAGUGAAUCUUUUAGGUCUAUUGAAUUGAAAAUAGAACCAGGGGGAACUGUACAAAAAUGUGACUGUGUUUUGUCAAAACAAGAAUCAGAUCUUCCAAGUGAAGACACCACCACUGAAGUGGCUGAAAUUUGUAGUGCACCUAUUAAUAAACAUCAAGGACUGGUUUUAAAUUUGGACAAAUCUUGGCACCAAUCUAAUUUCUCAAAAGGAGACCAAAGAAAUGAUUCAAUGGAGAAAGAUGAUUCCCAAGAGAAAGACAAAGCAUCACUUGAACCCAUUACUAAGAUAAAUAAUUUUUCUCAAAAUUAUAGUCCUGGGCCAACACUGGGGGCAGGAGAAGAAAUAUUUGUUUGGGAAAAUCCACUUCAGUGUCCAACAACACCUGAUGAGCAGGCAGACUUGGAAUAUGAUGGAACUAUAAGUAGUAGUGAAGGUGAAAGCUGUUUUAAUUCCUCUAUUAGUGCUGGUGAAAUUUUUGAAAAUGAAGGACAAAUUGUGAAGUCUGUGACUCCCAUUAGGCUGUUGCGUAAUGCAGGAGGUGGAAUUUUGUGUAGAAACCACACUGGAACCUCAGGAUCUCCAACAGAUGACACAAGUGAUAGUUCCGAUGGCUGGGGAGGAUCCACACCACUGAAACCUUCACAUGCUGACUUUAAGCCCCUGGGACUGAAAGGUAGCAGUGGCGAUAAAUCUGUUUCUCAAACAUCAAGAACUAAACCCAGAGGUGUCAGAGACAUCCAACAUGUUCCAACUGCCCCUGUGAAUGCCAUGACAAACUCGUGUGAGGAAGUGAGUGAGCAAGUGACAGUAAGUCAGGGUGGUAGUGGUGGAGGCGGUGGUGGUGGAAGUGGUAGUGUUAAUAAUGUUGUUUCUAAAACAGAGGUUGUUAAGCAUCAGGAUGCUCUUCCUUCAAAGCAGCUAUCGUCAGGUACCAAUAUCCAGUUACCUCCUCCUCAUAAAUUUGGUGAUGGGAACCCAUUUCUCAUGUUCCUAUGCCUCACAGUACUCCUACAACAUAGGGACCACAUAAUGAGAAGCGCAAUGGAUUACAAUGAAAUGGCCAUGCAUUUUGACAAAAUGGUUCGAAAACAUAAUGUCACACGUGUUUUAAAUCAUGCCAGGCAAAUGUACACUGCUUAUCUGCGUCAUCAAGCAACUCUCAAUAAUAACACAUCCCAUACUGGAAUGGAUCUCAAUAGCAAAAAUCCAGAGAAAAGUAGCAAUCCUCCAUACACAGAAAGAGAAUACAACCCAGCACCCAAUACUGAUGUAGGAGAGGGGAUUGCUCGCUUGAAAGAAAAAGCUAAGAAAAGAAAAGGGAGAGGAUUUGGAGCUGAAAAUUCAGCUCGUGAAGAUAUUCGAGAUUAUGAGUCGAUGGAAGUUGAUGGUGAUGAAGAACCUGGUCCACAGAGAUCCGUGGAGGGAUGGAUCCUUUUUGUGACAUCUGUUCAUGAAGAGGCUCAGGAAGAUGACAUUCAUGACAAGUUUUCUGAGUACGGAGAAAUAAAGAAUAUUCAUCUCAACUUGGACAGACGAACAGGAUUUUUGAAAGGCUAUGCUUUGGUAGAAUAUGAAACCUUCAAAGAAGCUCAAGCUGCUCGAGAAGCACUAAACGGUGCUGACAUUUUAGGUCAGGCAAUAGGGGUGGAUUGGUGCUUUGUUAAAGGACCAAAGAAGCCAAAGAGGAGUAGCAGGAGGAGAAGAUGAACUCCAAUUUGAAACUUGAGAAACAUUCUUAUAAUUAAUUAUAUUAUAUAAAUUUAAAGAUCUGAUUGAGUAACUUUAUUUCCUAUUUUCUCCGAAUACCUUUAUCCUGAUUUAACACAUACUUUACAUAAUUUUAUUUGGUAGUUGCUGACGUUUCAGCACGUUACUGGACAUUCUUGAGCAAAAAGCUGGAAAUAUUAUAGUUUUAAUUUCGCAGGGUUUUUUUUUUCCUUGCUUUUUUUCUGACAUUGCUAUUUACUAUAUAGUUGAUUUAAAUAUGUAAUUCAAAUAAGUAAUCAAUGAAAUCAUGUAUAAUUAAAUUAUAUAUUUUGAGAUGAUCCACGAUAUUUAUUUUAUAAAAUGAAUACAAAAUACGAUUGUAAUUUCAGCUAGUUAGAAGACUGAAAGGAAAUAUGACAUUUCAAUGUUAUGUAUGACUUUUACCAAUAUUUUAUGACAGUUACAUUUAGUUUGAAUCUAAAUUAUAUUUAAUACUGGAACAUAUUACAAUAUAACAUGUGAUUGUUAUGCAGUAGCAAAGGGUGACAGCAUAACAUCGAAGUGCUUAUAGAAACAAUGGUAACGAAAACCUAGCAGACCACUGUGAGCCAGUAAAGAUGUGCAUAAAAAUCAUGAUUGAUCAUAAUGUAAUAAUUAACAUUUCUUGUAAUAUAAAUUGAGUUAAAUUUAGGAAUCAUGUAAAUUUUGCGACGUAAAAUUGUUUUUGAAUUUCAAGUCCAGGUGAGGAACUAAUUGCAAUAUUGCAAAAGAACAAAAUUGAAGAGAAAUUUUAACUUAAUGAAAUGUGUUCCUUAAAUAAUGGUAAGCAUUUUUUAAAUACGAUCAGUUUCAUGUAAUUGCGAUUCACAAAAUUUCCCAUUCGUCUUUGGGUAGAAUCUUUCAAGAGUUGCCAGAUCGCAAUACAACAGGGACGCUAUCAUACAGUAGUUUGAAAUUCUUCGAAUAUAGUCUCAUUAUUGGAAGAUGUUUGAGUGGAUGGAACAGUUUUGGAUUGUCAAAUUUGUGCUGCUGAAUAUCCUUUAAAUGAAUUAAAUUUAGGCACAAUAUACUAUGAUUGGUAUUGAGUUUUACUAGUGGUAAUUAGUUUUACUAAUUAUUGAAAUGAAUUGAUUAUUUUCCAUAUUUAUUUGCUUAAGGUUUUGGGAUCAAAGGAAAAGUUAUUGGAAACUAGUAAUAUAGAAUGGUUGAUAAAUAUAAAAUAGCCACUUGUUUCAAUACACUAUCAUAUUUUAAUUAUUAGACAGCAAUUAUAGGGUAGUUAUAAAUAAAAAGAAUGGGUUAUACUUAUAAUAUAACCACUAAUAUCACAGAAUAGUGAACAUAAUUGUCUUAAACAGCUAUAUGCAUCAUUUAUCUUUGUAAAAAUUAGUAUUUACUUUUUCACCAUACAACUGCUUUACAUUUGUACCAUUAUACAUCACUACAGUUCACUGCUUCCUUUGAGGAAUCCACAUUACAUUUUGAAUAAAUGUGAUCCAAAUGGUGUUCUACACAAAUCAAUGGUGAAUUGUUUGUGAGCGCUGAAGUUCAGCUCCUGCAGAAUGUCGAGCGUGGGCCAUCAUUGACUCCACUCGGUUGGCUGUUUCACGAAGAGCAUCUGAGAGUUCUGGCAAAUCGGGGAGAUCAAGCGUAAUAUGUGCAGAUAAGCGUUUGUAAACAGAAGAUGACUCUUUCUUGUUUCUGUAAUAACAGGAAUCAAUGUUUAAAAUCUUUAUUAAAGCGUGUAUUAGAAGGAUGCAAGAAAUUUGUUCAUUUUCGAAAACCUCUGAGGUAAUGUCUCAAAAAUCUCUGAAUAAAGCAGGACAGAUAUUGGCCAAAUUCGGAAGCUCCAGAAUAAUAAUUGCAACAUUUCAUCUCGAAUGAGGAGACAACCCACGUAAUAUAAAUUUUCACGCCUAGAGAUUUAUCAUCAAAUAAACAUUUUCAGAAAAUGAAGGUCAAAUUGGUUUACAAAAUAUUUUUGAUAUAGUUGAAAUGACAGGUAAUUAUUGAAUGUAAAACUUUAUGGCAAGGUUUAGAAACUAAACAAAUUCUGUGCAACAGAAAAAGUCCUAAAACAACUACUGCUUCCAACAUUGCUAAGCUUGCUAACUAGUGAUUAUGUAAAAUAACUAUUUUCAAUGUUCCAGCAAUACUUUUUCAUCUAAGAAACAAUACUGAAAAUGUAAAUUAUCCUACUAUGCAAAAUCAUGCAUUUUUGCCCUUCAUUUUCAAAUUGUGGGUAAACAAAUAUGUCACUGUAUGGUAUGCAACUAAACAGAAGAUGCAAAUAACUGAAAAAUAAUUCAAAACAUGAAAAUACUAGACUGUGAAAAAAGAACUCUUUGUAACCAAAUCUGAUGAAUAUCUCGGAAUAUAGGUAAAUUAAUGUUUAAUUUCUUUUCUUGUAGACAAGAACAAUUUCUACACAAGAUUCUGAAAAUAAAAAGCUUCACGAGGGAUGCAAUUUGAUUACCUUGAAUUGAGGACAGGAGUGGCUUCUAGGCUGAGUAAAUACUUUUAUUGGCGGAACGCCUACAGAGAAAACAUGCAACAUCAAUCCACAAACAUUCAGACUCUACUCUUUGAGACAGAAGCAAAAGAAGCAGUUAAGAUUGAAUUUCAAAUUUUCUGUAUUGCUAUCUUAGUUAAUGGAAAAAAAGUCAAUGAUUUCACAAGUAACUAAAUUACUAAUUAACAAUAUCAAUAGUUCAUAAAAAUAAAAUAAUUUACUUUCAAAUUCAAACACAAUAAUAUUGCACAUUACUACUCAAGGAAUACUACGCACGAUUGGUUCUUGAAGCUAGAAACAGCACCUCAGGCAUUACAAAAAGCCUACUAUUCCUUAAUAUGUGCCUGCCAUACAAUGGAUUAUUUUUAAAUACACACUCCUGCCUCUUUUGCUCCAAAGAGCAGAAGUAAACAUGCAAACAAAUGAGUAAGUUUUGAGUUAUGAUAGAAGAAUUUAACUACGCUUAUUCACAUCAUUCAAAAUAACUGAAUUCUACUAAUGACUGGAAAGGCCAUGUAAACUUAAAUACAAAAUAAAAUGAGGUGAAAUCAUUAUUCAAGGUAAAAAUAUUGAACUCAUACUUGCGAGCUUCUUCGUAUUUUAUUUGUUGCUUCAGAAAUACAGCAUUUUUUAAUAACUCUUGGAUGUUGUCAAAAUUUUCCUCGGCUCCUUCCAUUGAUUUCACAGCACUCACUGCAUAUUCAACAUCAUAACAGCGUCCUUGCAAUUCAUGAUGCAAUUUUGUAACUUCAACGCGCUUUUCCACCAUCGGCGGUAGGGCUUUGCGCACAUGUUCUUGAAGGCGAUAAAACGCUAGGGACGGUUCAUUUGCAACUAUAUGCAUAUUUUCAGAUAUUCUUUCGGUCGCUUUCUUAACUUUCACCUCGAGUUCUGGGUCUGUUUGAUGUAACACAGACAUGAUAAUAAUUAUACUUAUUUAUACAUUUACUUGAAAUAUACUGAAUGUUUUUCAUACAUUACACGACUCAAAAUCACUAUGUAAACCACAAAAACAAUGUCUUGCAUAUAAUGUAGACUUGCACUACUACUAGGAAAGGGAAGAGGUAACUGGGAUUGCCGUGGUGUUGGAGUUUUUCAAAUAAAAAAACUUCUGACCAGAAAGUCAAUAUCCAGACGUGAAGUCAAUUUGACGUGCCAGCAGGGGCACAGCAGGAGCUCUAAAAUAAAUAUAGCAGUACUGCUAACUUGACAACGCUAAUUCUCACUCCUCUCACUGUCUUAUUGGUCGAGCCUCAAUUUUCUGAUCUUGUGCGCCGACGGUGGAGAACAUAGAACAGUAGUUCGCACUUUACCAACCAACCGGUGUUACGCAUUGCACUUACACAACAGUACACGAAGCCGAAUCCGCCCAAUACCCAUGCCUGCUUCAGGCAAUGGGCAUCCAUGUGGUUUGGUGAUUAGCGUGUAUAGCUGACAGAAAUUACCGGAUGCCUGCUUUCAAUAAAAUCCCGGUUGUCUUCGCGAGUUUGAUGCGAUAAUAUUUCCGUUUUUGAAGGAUUGUUUUGUACUAGACAUUUAUGUAAAUGAGCGUUAUGUUUUUUAGUCGGAUUGCGUAUAGUUAAGUGAAAUACCGCAGAAUUCUAAAAUGCAGUGACAUGCUGUGGAUAUUUCGAAUCAAUCCUACUUUCUGGCGUACCGGCUAUUUAUUUAAUCUGACAGUGCUUAACUUUUGGUGUAGCCUUGCUGAAAGAAGUUUUGCCAUUUAUUAACACUUUCCAGUGACAAAUGUCUUAAUUUUCAUCAUGGAUAGUCCAAUCGCCGAAGAAAAAUGUAUUCUGAAAUUAGAUGUCCCACGGAAUGGCCCGUUUCCGAAAUUCCAAAGACCAAUCGUCCUAGGAAGCUUCAGCUUGGACCGUGAAAGAGUUUAUUGUUCUGACCUCAGCCAGCUGAAGUACAUUAAAGCACCCAAAAAUCCAAAAAACGUAAAAUUUGAUUUAAACGACAAACUCUCUGACACUAUAGAGAAGAAUGAAGAAAUUAAUGAGAAACUUGAUAAUGUGCUGAAGUGGAUUUCACAUAAUGUGAAGCCCCCAAUUGAUGAGAGAAUUGGAGAUAUAGUGUGUUAUCGAGGUUUGAUUACUACUAUACUCUGCACACCAUAUGAAAAUCAAGAGGGAUGGAUAAUAAAUGCCACAAAAUGGAAUGGAGUUGUAUAUAUGUGUGCUAGUGACACAGAAGAAAAGAAACAAAGAAAGAAGCAAGCAACACCACAUGACAAAAGAUUUUUUCAUUGGGGAUAUAAAUUUGAGCAGUAUAUGACAGCAGCUUCCCCAGAUGCAGAACCUGAUCUCAGUGUAGCACAGAACCAAAAUGAAGAAUUCUGUGUGAUGUUCAAAUCUAAGCUCAAUCUACACAGGUUAAUGUAUGGAGCAGAAAUGGAUGGAGUUGAAAGUAGUGAUGUUGUAAAAAAUUUGGAAGAUCUUCAAGCAGCUGAAUUCAUAGAACUGAAAACCAACAGGAAAAUCCAACACCCCAAACAAGCUGAAAAUUUCAAAAAGUAUAAACUUAUCAAGUGGUGGUGUCAGAGUUUCCUGGUUGGGAUAACCAAAAUCUGGUGUGGAUAUCGUGAUGAUCAUGGUGUCAUUCAUCAAGUUGAGAAGAUGCAAGUUUCAGACUUCCCCAGAAAAGCAAAGGGCAUCUGGGACCCAGCUCUGUGCAUGAACUUCUGUGAUCAUUUCCUAACAUUUGUUCGAGAUGUUGUUAAAGAAGAAGAACCACAUACUGUGUGGCAGUUCCAGUGGUCUCCAGGAGAAGAUAUUGUGGGAACAAAAAUUCCAGGACCGUCAGAAUUUAGCUUCGUACAUAACUGGUUUGCUGAUAAUGCAAAGAAGCAUAAAUAAUUCACCACUAAUCAGCUUUCCUAUUUUAUAUUCCUUUAAAAAUUAAGGUUAAACAAAUGCUUAUUUUAAAAUACAUAUUUUUACUUGUAGUGACGUUUAAUACAAGAAACAUUAAAAGCGAUAGUUCUUGUGAUUGAUAAUUUGUGCAGUGUUUGUACUUAUUUUCUAAAUAUGCUCUAUGGCUGCCAUCAUGAGCAUACAAGUAUAACAAUGCAUAAUUCUUUUGAAAAUGAAACAGUUUCCUAUAGAAAUAAUACAAAAUAAGUCUUAUCUAUUACUUGCAGCAGGACAGAAAUGAGAAUCAAACUAGCAUAAGAAGACUUUCAGUGUUAAAGGCUGAAGUAUUAAGAAUUAUGAGAGAAUGUAAAUAUUAAGGAAAAUUUUGAUAAAAUGAAGUCUAUAAUAUUUCAAGUAUUCAUUUAUUCUAAUCCUUCAAUAAAAAAAGGUAAUGAUAUGCAUCUACAACUCUUCUGCUCAAUUUGAUGGGAAAUGGAUACACAGGUAAGAGCUGUGAAGUUCAGAAAUAAUUUAAAUAUAAAACACAUUCUUUAUCAAUAAUUCCUACUGUUGAAUAUUUACAGUAAAAGGUUUCAUGUUUUUAACAAGUUAGAAAUGCAUUACUUCCAGUUAUAUAAAGAUCAACGUAUCUCAAAAGAUCCUAAAUUUUUUAAUUACACUUUAUGAACUUAUGCCCAUUGCACUCUUAAUCGUUCUCAUCUCUUUGUGAGUCAUAGGUUGUAGUGUUAGUCCUGGAAUGGGAUCUUUGUGUUCCAUGUCUUGAAGAGCGUUGACUUUCACUUUCAGAUUACUUCUUAGUUUGUUUAUUUCAACAUCCAAAUGCAUUUGAUCCUUUUCUAAUGCUUUACUUGCUUGUUCUUGGGGCAACUUUAUGAGUAAUGAUCCUACUGCCAUCCACGUUUUACUGCCAGCUCCUUUCUUUAAGGCUCUAAGAGCUUCUCUAUUGUGAUUUCUCCUUUUGUCCAAAGCCACAAUUUCUUGGCGGUCAACCAAUAUUUCUUCUCCCAAUUUUUCCACUUCACUCAAAUGUUUGAGGCUUUUCUUGGGAUCUUCCAGAAAGCCAAGAUCAUCAGCUGCUAAUCGUGACAUAGUUUACCGCGAUGCACCCAGCUCGUCUUUUCCAAUAAUGGGCACUUUUACUCGCACCUUCUCCGGAAGUCUUUUCCAACUUUCUUUUUAGGUUCUCACAAAGCUGAACAUUCACGUCAAUAAUAGUCUCAAUAAGAGAAUGAUCCACUGUUAAAACUGACGCAAUUCAACGUUACCGUACGUUCACAGAUAUCAAAACAAAUCAACAAACUUCAACAGCUUUCGUCUCUUACCAAUGCUAACCUAUACAUCACUAUACAUUUUGCUUCAGCUUUUAAUUUGGACAUAUGAAUAGUGCAGAAAUGGUUACCAACCUAAUUCGAAAUUCAAAAACACUUGUUUUCACUGUGAUAACUCUAUAAAGCUAAUACAUGAUAGCUCAUUUUUGGAUUUACAGGUGAUGAAAGGUCUUAUAGUUGAAUUUAAAUGAGCAUACUGCAUAUUAUGUAGAGUAUUUUUGCAAAUUAGAAAUAACUCUUCGAUUGGACAUCUGAAAUGGUGGAAAGGACAACUUGAUGGUGCGACAUCGUCAGGGUCAGGUGCAAGGUUCAACAAGGUUGGCGGCAGUCAGAGAAGCCACGAGCCCACGAUCCGAAGUUUUCCGAGGUCCCGGUGGUGCCUGUCGGCAGGCAGUCAAUAAAAGUACGUGCGCAAGAAAUCUUGUCUUGUCAUUCCCUCGUCGUUCCCGUUGUGGUCGGUGUUGUUAUUCGGUUGAAUUUGUCAGCUAGUGUAGUUUUAAGGGAAAGUUAUCGUCUGUUCUCGUCCUUGUACUUUACACUGUGGGCGUGACUUUGCAAACGUGAGAUCAGAGAUGGUUGGUGAAUUAAGAUUCGAUGGUCGUGUGGUGGUUGUAACAGGAGCAGGAGCUGGUUUGGGAAGAGCAUAUGCCUUGCUUUUUGGUGAAAAAGGAGCUUCUGUUGUAGUGAAUGAUCUUGGAGGUGGACGCCAUGGGGAAGGAAGUAGUACCCGAGCUGCUGAUGUUGUUGUCAAUGAAAUAAGGAGUAGAGGGGGAAAAGCUGUUGCUGAUUACAACUCUGUUGAAGAUGGUGAAAAGAUCAUUCAGACUGCUCUGGAGAAUUUUGGUCGAAUUGAUGUGGUGGUAAAUAAUGCAGGCAUUUUACGAGAUAAGUCAUUCCCAAGGAUAAGUGACACUGAUUGGGAUCUAAUCCAACGAGUUCACUUGAAAGGAACCUUCAAAACCACUCAAGCUGCUUGGCCUCACUUCAAAAAUCAGAAUUUUGGACGAAUAAUUGUAACAGCUUCAAACUCAGGUUUAUAUGGAAAUUAUGGCCAAGCAAAUUAUAGUGCUGCAAAAAUGGCAGUUGUUGGUUUGAGCAACACACUUGCCAUUGAAGGUCAAAAAAACAAUAUACAUUGCAAUGUUAUUGUCCCUACUGCAGCAUCACGUCUUACAGAAGAUAUUCUUCCUCCAGAAUUUUUUGCUGAAUUGAAACCUGAAUUAAUUGCACCAGUUGUUGUUUGGUUGUGUCAUGAAUCAUGUGAAGAAAAUGGAUCUAUCAUUGAAUCAGCUGCUGGUUGGGCAGGCAAAUGUCAUCUGGUCCGUUCUCAAGGGUCUCUUUUACGCUCAAAAAUAACCGAUAGUGUCUCUCCUGAAAAUGUCCAGAGCAAAUGGGAUAGAGUUACUGACAUGUCUAAUGCAGUUAGAUUGGAAAGCAUUCAGGAGGCUUCCGGAGCAUUAAUGACUGCCCUAGAAGACUUGAAAUCGGGCAAUCAAGAUACUACAGAUCAGAACACAGUGGUGGAAAAAUUCAGUUUCACGAACAGAGAUCUUAUUUUGUAUGCUUUGGGAGUGGGAGCUACUGUAGAAAGUUCUGGAGACCUCAGAUUUCUGUAUGAAAAUGAUGAACAGUUUGCUGCCCUUCCAACAUAUUUCAUAAUUCCUGGCUUAUUGGCUUCUAUGGGAUCCAAUUUAUUUGAAAAUGUUGUUCCAGGAAAACAAGUAGACCUUUCAAAUGUGCUACAUGGAGAACAGUUCUUGGAGAUCCUAGAGCCUCUUCCUCUAUCGGGGACUGUAACAACCUCUUGCAAUGUUGUAGAUGUAUUAGAUAAAGGUUCUGGAGCUGCAGUAAUUGUAAACAUGGACACAUACAAUGAAGCUGGAGAAAAAAUAGCUUUCCAGCAAAUGACUGCGUUUUUGGUUGGUGCGGGUGGAUUUGGUGGCAAACGAAACUCUGAUAAGGCAAUGGCCACAGCAGAACCUCCAUCCAGACGUCCUGAUGUUUCAGUGAAACAAAAGACUAGUGUUGACCAGGCUGCUUUGUAUAGAUUAUCUGGUGAUGUGAAUCCCAUCCACAUUGACCCAAACAUGGCUGCUUUGGGUGGUUUCUCAAAGCCUAUUCUCCAUGGCCUUUGCUCAUUGGGAUUCGCAACAAGACAUGUUUUGAAUCAUUAUACAUCAGGUGAUCCUUCGAAAUUCAAGGCCAUAAAGGCUCGGUUUGCCAAACCCGUCAUUCCUGGUCAGACUUUGCAGACAGACAUGUGGCAGGAAGGAGCAAGAAUUCACUUUGAAGCCAGGGUUGUAGAGACAGGAACCAAAGUAAUUAAUGGAGGUUAUGUGGACUUGUUCGAUGUUCCAUCGCCUACCCGCAACUUAGUAUCAGCAUCUGACCUUGUCAGCAAGGCAGUGUUUGAUGCUAUUCAAGUUAGGCUUGAAUCAAACAUUGAGAAAUAUAAGAAGAUUAAUGGAGUAUUUGUGUAUCAAAUUACAAAGGGUGGAAAGAUUGCGGCAACAUGGACUGUUGAUUUGAAAAAUGGCAAAAUGUAUGAAGGAGAUCCCAAAGGAGUUAAAGCGGACACAACUCUCACUGUUGAUGAUCAGGAUAUGGUUGAUAUUGCUACUGGAAAAAUCAACCCCCAGGUGGCUUUCAUGAAGGGCAAGUUGAAGGUGAAGGGUAACAUCAUGCUGACACAGAAGCUGCAAUCUCUUAUGAAGGAGGAAUCCAAGUUAUAAGACUGUAUUUUUGAACAAGAGUGAAUGAAUGUGUAAAACUGAAGUUUAGCAUUGUUUCAGUAUGUGGGGAAUUAUUGAAAAUGAAAAUUGUUUUUAUUGGUGUGUAUAUAUAUUUUGAUCAAAUUUCAUUUUGUACAAUUUAAAAUAUUGUCCGUAUUCAAUCUUUGACUGAUAUGUAACUUAGUGAAGUUAAUGGAACAUGAUUGGUCUUGUGUUUGCAUUGUUAAAUGUAACUGGGUGUUGUUGGUUGUUGGAAGGUGGUCAUGAUAAUAUUCUUUACAAUUUUGCAUUGUAUUUGUAGCCAGUAUUUACAGAAUAUAAUAUAUUUUUACAUUUUCAUACAUUUUUUCCCCUUCGGUAUUCAAGAGUCAAGUGAUGACAGAAAAUAAAUUGCUUACUUGAUAAUGCAAUUUCAACACAACCCAAACCUUAUCAUGAUAUAGAACAAAUUAACUAUUAGAACUAUUUUUCAAAAGAAAAGAAUUGUCACAAAUUUCUGUCUUGGAACAGUUGGAAUAUAAAAGUAUAAUGCACACUUUAAAGCCGCCUAUCCAUUUGCAAUUUGGCAAAUUUGCAAAACAGUUCUUACCAAUAUUUUUUAAUGGGCUACUAAAGAUAGAAUCUGUUUUAUUGAAUGGUGUUGUGAAAUGCAAUGUGAAAAUGAGUGAAACUUAUUGCCAAGAUUUUGGUUGCACAAAGCAUAUGACAAAAUUGCAAGGACUUACAGACUCUUUGAUGCCCAAUGAGUGUGAGUCUGUGUUUUGCAGGUGCUGGAAAUGGCAAAAUUCAUAUUGAUAAAAGUAACAUAUGCAUUCUACAUUCAAUCACAGAAAUGAUAAAUAUUUUGUUAGCAAAAACUUCCCAAACUUUGAUACUGUUGCUAUCUCUAACAUUACCCAUGAAAUAGGAGAACAGGGAUGCCCAGAGCAAACCUAAGGCCCAGGGCAACUUCCCUCCUCUCCCAAUUCAUUAACAGAAUUCAUUUCUCCAUACAUCAGAAGCAACUUAUUGUGUUUAAUUUGGAUUAGAGAUGAAAGGAUUUAUUAUUUCUUUUGAACGAAAAAGAAAUAGGGUUCUCAAUUAAGUUGCCCCAGCUACCCCCUCUUGUUGUCACUAAUAGAUGUGUGUGUUUGCAGUUCCCUACUUGUUCGGACAAACCUAAAUGAAGUGAAUUUCAAGAAUUUUCUGUUAAAUAAUCUUGAGGCAAUGAAUAAGAGCAGGACAUGAAGAAAUUCUAUUACACAGGGUAAUUCUUAGAUUCGCUCACACCUAACAAAUGCUAUUUCAGUGUGCCUUGCACAUAGAAGAGGGAGAGUUGUGAGAGGAGAAAGUGGACCUAGCAACAUCCCCAGGCAUUUUCAGAGCUAUAAUAUCCAGAAUUGCUAGCACAUUAGGCAGAUUUGAACAAGCAAAGACAUGCACUCUAAUUCAGGUUCUCACAGCAUUUUGCAUCUGAACCAUCUUCAGGAGCUGCACACGAGCAACUUGAGUACAAACCCGGCCCGCUCUGAGGGGUGGGGAUAAGACUCCUAGAACUGGGGAGUGCCAAUAAGAAUGUGCAUUUCGAAACAUAGCAUGUAAUUUGAAAGAGAAAUUGCAAAAAUAUGACUGACUAUUACAUGUAGUUCAAGUAUCAUUACCUUUUAUUUGGAAACUUUUGUUGUCGAUGUAUGACAGUGUGAAAUAUGACCCUAAAACUAAUUAGAUAUUUAGAACUAAUAUUUGAUUUGGGUACUAGUAUAAUAAUCUCUUGAAGGACUGAUAACAUAAUUGCUUUGCUACGAUGUAAUUGCAA